CUAAUAAGACACUAAUGGCUUCGUUGCCGCGGCGGUUAUGCUCGCCUCCAGUUGAAAUGAGUGCCACGACGUUACGGAGGUACCGGAAGCAUCCAUAACGGUUUGCGUUUCUUAGCUGCCUUCAUCCAGGGGAACCUGUUAGUAUCCGUGUCGAAGCUAUUACUUCUUUUGGGACCUUAGUAGGCAGGACAGCGAACGAAUUUGUCGAGUUUGGGUGUAGGUUAAUUAACUUAUUCGACUGGCGCCAUGUGGGAAUAUUAUAUGGUUUAUAAUUAUAAAAGAAGGUUCGGAAGCACUCGAAUUAAUAAGUCUUAAACGGAACAAAAUGGACAUUCAUUUCAAUGGAAAAACUGCUUUGGUAUCCGGAGCUGGACGAGGCAUUGGAAACGCUAUAGCGAAACGAUUGGCAUUAUGUGGUGCACAGGUCACCGCCCUAGAUAUAAACAGAGACAAUUUAGAACGUCUGAGCGAAGAAGUUCCAUCGGUCAAAACCAUUUGCGUUGAUUUAUCCAAUUGGUCAGAGACAAAAGAGGCGUUGAAGCACGUUGGCCAGAUCGAUUUGCUAGUAAAUAACGCGGGAAUUGCAAUACUGGAACCCCUAGCAGAUAUUUCCGAUGGAAAUAUUGAUCGGUUGUUUUCCAUCAACUUUAAAGCCGUGGUAAACUUGACGCAGAUAGUAGCCCAAAGCUUACAGGAUCGUAAUGCUAGUGGGUCAAUCGUAAAUAUUUCGUCGCAGACGUCCAUGCGGGGUCUCAGAGAGCAUGCGAUUUAUUCUUCGACCAAGGCGGCCGUUGACGCGUUCACGAGGGUGGCGGCUCUCGAAUUAGGCGGGCAGAAUGUCAGAAUCAACUGUGUUAACCCCACUGUGGUCAUGACGGAGUUAGGGCGCGAAGUAUGGUCUGAUCAGCGGGCAGCAGAGGAAAUGAAAACGAAAAUUCCUUUAAAAAGGUUUGCAGAAGUAGACGAAGUAGUUGAUGCAGUCCUGUUUUUGCUAAGCGAUAAGGCCAACAUGAUCACUGGAACCUGUUUAUCUGUCGAUGGUGGAUGUUUGGCAACUUUGUAAUUUUUUGGCCGAAUUAAGUCGUUUCGAGCACUGUCACUAUAUUAAUAAACCGAUACAACGAA